UGACGCACUAAAGCCUCGACGGCCCUACCAGAGAUGUUUCUUUACUCUUUUAGAGCAGUUUUCUGUUGAAACCGACGAAAAGACGAACAUGUGGCCGCCGACAGAAGCAGCUUAAAGUCUGUGAGGUUGAGUCUGAGCAGCAGAGACGUGGAUUUGUGCCAGAAACAGGUGAAGACGAAUUGCGAGCUGGUGCUGAGCCGCUUACAGCAAACACAGUCCGCUCGCUUCGAGGUCUUCUCCGGCAUCUGGAGGGACAUGAAUUUCUCACACAUCUUCUAGUGAUUACCAGGAGGAGGAGAGUCAAACAGAGGAGCAGAGGAACGUUGUCAACAUUUUGUUUGAGCUCAACAACGGAGGGAAAAUGGAUUCUUCACAAAAAAAAAAUAAAAACAACAAUCGAGUCAGAUGUUGGACCUCUGAGGAGGAUAAGGAGGUUUCCCCAGUGACAACAAACAGAGAUGAAUCACUCAGUUGUGAGCAAUGUGACAAGAUUUUUAUCACAGAAACCAAUCUAAGAAUUCAUCAGCGUAUUCACACUGUGCACAAACCGUUCAGCUGUGACCAGUGUGAGAAGACAUUUACUGACAAGAGUAAGUUAACAAGACACCAGCUCAUUCACAGUGGAGUUAGACCAUUCAGAUGUGAUCAGUGCGAGAAGACUUUUACUCAGAUUGGUGACUUAGCAAGACAUCAACUCAUUCACAGUAGAGUUAAACCAUUCAGCUGUGAUCAGUGUUGGAAGACUUUUACUCGGAUGAGUUACCUAAAAACCCAUCAGCUCAGUCACAGUGGAGCUAAACCAUUCAGCUGUGAUCAGUGUGGGAACACUUUUAGUGACAAGCGUACAUUAACAAGACAUCAACUCAUCCAUAGUGGAGUUAGACCAUUCAGCUGUGAUCAGUGUGGGAAGAAUUUUUCUCAGAUAGGUCAUUUAAAAACCCAUCAACUUACCCACAGUGGCGUUAGACCAUUUGUCUGUGAUGACUGUGGGAAGACUUUUACUCGAAUGGGUCAUUUAAAAUCUCAUCAACUCAUCCACAGUGGACUUAAACAAUUCAGCUGUCAUCAAUGUGUGAAAACCUUUACUCAAAAUGAACAGCUAUUGAUCCAUCAGUGCCCCCACUCUGAUAAGCGGUACCACUGUGACUCCUGUGAAAAAACUUUCAAACACCAACAGGGACUAAAAUCUCACCAACGCAUCCACACUGGACAUGAUGUGUACAGAUGCGAUCACUGUGGCAAACCAUUUGUACAGUUCGCACACUUAAAAGCCCAUGAAGUUGCCCACACCGGGGUUCAAUCGUACCACUGUGACCAUUGUGGGAAAGGCUUCAACUACAUUGCCAACCUAAAAGCUCACCAACGUAUCCACGCUGGAGAGAGACCUUACAGAUGUGAGGAGUGUAAUAAGACUUUUAGAACUUCGGGUUCCUGGAAAAAACACCAACAGAUCCAUAUCAGAAAGAGAACAUUCAAGCAGCGUCACACUGAGGUGAAAGAGGCCAACAACAAGGACGACACGCACAUCCCGGUGGAUGUUCGCAAUAUCCAGGUGGGAGACCAGGUGUUCAUAAGAGUGUUUAGGAGGCAGUGGAACGAGCCCCGUAGAGACGGGCCAUUUAAAGUGAUUCUUACCACUCCAACUGCUCUCAAAGUCGAAGGUAAGCCUUACUGGUUCCACCGUAAUCACUGCACUCGCCACCGUCCAUCUGACCCACCGGGUCACCUGCCUAGUCCGUCCACAUCUCUAUCCAUGCCGCCGUAUGAUGAAGGGGCAGCGUCAUGUGCCCCCAAGCCCUCACACUCCGCAUCUCCCUCCACCUCUACCUCUUCUGAUUUCUCCGUCAGUGCCCCGUCUCCUCCCCAGGGAGAGAGACGGUCAGCGAGGUUGUUGGCCCGUCACUCCCGGAACAGGCAUUCCCCUUCUCCUGAUUCUGAUGACGCAGCUAGUGGCUCAUUAUCUCAUGACAGUGAAGGCGUGGGCGGUGGCAGAGUGGCAGGAGAUAUGAGACCUCCCAUCAGUGACGAUGAACGGGAUGGCAGGGUUGCGGCGCCAUUCCGGACGUUGUCCUCUGCGUCUCCCAUGGACCCUGCCGCACCAACACAAAGCUGAUCCCCACACCUACACCUUCUCGCCGUUGCCGGAGGGUGGAUGGCUUUACUCGGACUCAGACUAUUUGGCCUUUCUUCUUGAUGCUAACCCUUUCUGGGUUGGCAAGGGGGGAGGUCCUUCUCACAAAACCUUCUGCUAUAGUGCCCCACUCAUUAACUCACUCGCUACAGAACUGUGCUCUGGCUAUGAUCACACUAGUCACUAACACGGGUACCAUAGAUAGCGGGGCGAUUGGUCAAGCAUUAUAUGUGAAGGCAGAUAUGUAUGAUUAUGUACUAACAAUUGUUUUUACGGAAGAUGGAUCAGUAGGUAAGCACUGGUUAGGUUAUCCACGUAAUGCAGACUGCCGUGGAGAAGGGAUGGUGACCAUUCGGGUAAGAUGCACAAACACUACAUGUCAAAACAAGCAGACAACACAAAAGAUGACAGCAGGAGAAGCCAGAAUGAAAAUGCAACUGAUGGACGAUACACGUCACAAAAGAGAUCUUGAGAAAAUAAAGACCACUCAAUGGAACACAAACAUGUUCCAAAGAUGGUUAAGGUACUCAGUAGAGGCAAUGUUUUUAGCCAAAAAGAUAAGAAAGCAAGAAUGUACUGCCUGCUAUAAUGCUAGGAGAAUACCUCAGCUUAAAAUAUUACCAGGGAGCGUGAUAGGGGGCUGUCCAGAUCUUUCUAGAUGCUUUGCACAUUGCGCAAUGCACAUGGCAGGUAAAUUACAGGGAUGGAGUGAGAAAGCGGACAUUUGUCCACGAAGGAUUCAACAUGAAGGAUAUGAGAUUACGAUGGUACUACCUCCAGUGGUGUAUAAACCUGAUGAUCUUUCCAUUCUGUAUAGCGAAGGGAGAUGAGCUGGAGUAUGUCACCAAGAGGUCGACGCCCAACAUGACGGAUGCAGCGGGGUUGGUGCAAUGCAACAGAGAAACAUGGUACCCCACAACGUCUACAGGGAAUGCCACGGCCACAAUCAAAAUAUGUGAGACUAGUCCGAAGGCCCAUAUUAGGUGUGCACAGGUGGUGGCAGACGGAGGACGGGUAAUCUAUGAAAAAAAUUCAUCCUUUAUAGCACAGUAUCGAUUACUAGCUUUCAAAAUAGGAACGGCCCCAUUGGGAGACAUAUUCUGGACAUGUGAACACAAUACUUCUUUAUUGUCGUAUCUGUCACCAAAUUGGGAGGGAAUAUGUGCACCACUGAUGUUAACAGGACAGUUGUCUCUGAUUACCCGCAAGGAGAAUCAGGAGUACCACAGGGACAAACGGAGUAUAGAUGAUUCAGACAAAGAAAAUGAUAAAGGGAGUUGGAAUUGGGAGUGGAGAAAUUCGGGAGAAGUAUGUAUCAGCUGGGAUCAAAUCCCUUAUGGGGUGCCAGAAGAACAGGUGGGACUAAGUUCCGGCUGGAUAGAAACAGGACGAGCAUUAGGGUCGAUCCCCUGGUAUGGCCAAAUAAGCAACGCACAAUACAUAGCUCGGAAUAGCCGAUGGGUGAACCUCCUCUGGUAUAAUCAACAGAGAUUCAUUAACUUCACCAUCACAGGGCUUGGACUAAUAAAAGAACAAUUACAUGCCACAUCGAUAAUGACACUCCAGAAUAGGUUUGUUAUAGAAACACUUAUGGCUCCAGAUCAAGGGAUUUGUGAUGUAAUUGGAGAAGAGUGUUGUACUGUAAUCCCAUUGCACUCAGGACUGAGUGGUAACUUAACACGUGUCCUCGAAGAAAUGCGACGCAUGCGAGAUGAGCAUGUCCAAAAUUCUAAUUGGAACACUCAAAGGGUCUGUGGGACUGGUUGGGAAAGUGGGGUUGGCUAAAGUACCUGAAAAUGAUCGGGAUAGCAUUGGGAAUGCUCCUCCUAAUGGUGCUGGUGGUGACCUGUUGCAUCAUACCAGUGCUGCACCUCAUGUUCUCCAGCGUGUUUAAAGGCAUAACUGUACAGUUUCCAUUAGUGCAGGUGCAAGUUGCAGACCGUGUAAAUAAUAUACAGCCGCAUGAUAGUGGAGAUAGCUCCAAGGAGUUAUGACCAUUUGAAGAGUAAGUCACCAUCCACUCUCCACAGGUAUGUACGAAAAAUUCUUGUAUGCACAAUUCUUGUACAUAAGUAGGUUAUGGUAAUAUAGUAACAUAGUCUCCACGCAGACUGUAAAAUGGCAGAGGCAUGCUAUUCCAGAUGGCAGAUGCCCUCAGACACGGACACAUGGCAGGAGCCUGCUCCCAACGGGCCUAACUCUACACGGCCACAGGCUGGAGCACUUCCCUGCUAAUGUGAGCACAUACCGUCCUUAUCACCAGUUAGGUAAUGACAGAAGUGGAUCACCUGCAGAGGGACGGGAUGGUCGACCGGCCCAGACUUCGGGAGAAUCAGUGGUGAUCCACACCCUGAUGCCACCACAAUUGAAGGGGCCACCUGCAGCUCCAGGGAUGGCAGCCCCUGAGCCAGUGGCAAUCCGGGAUAGCCCACAGAGCCCAGAAGAUCCAGAGGUUCAUGACCCUCCACCUGUACCGGCUGCCGACGAGGACAGACUACCACCGCCUGGACGACGGAUAUGCAGAUGAACACAAGCCCCUCCACCCAUGUCUACAUAUACCGACAGUGAUAAAGAUCAGCUAGCUAGACAUUUGCUGCGCUUAAUUGACCGAUACACUAACUAUGAUGACCUCUGUAAUGAGGUGGCCACUAUGACCAGACAGACUUUUGUUAUCAUGCAAAGCGGGCUGUCCCAACGAGUACAGCAAGCCUUGGCAACGAUCAGGCGGUGAGAGAGUAGUCGCCUCUAUAAAGAGAAACACAGGGCGAACUACGGGGAAUGGGAACGCCUGAAGGAGUCAGAGGCCAGCCUGCGACGUAGAAAUACGCUUCUGGAGAACCAAUCUGUCCAGUGGCAGGAGCAGCACAGCAAAAUGCAGCGGGACAUGGACCUGACAAUACAGGCCAACUUUAUGCUAAUCUCGUUCUGUCAAGGGCGACUGGAGCGUCAGGCUGAGACAAUACGUGGAAUGUAGCGCCAGGCUGAGGCAAUACGUGGAAUGGAGACUGUGGUGAGGGGGAUCAUGACGGCAGACCCUCCUCUUUUUCCUCCACCUCAUACCCCGGGACAAAUUCCCCAGGAUGAGCAGCUGUGACGGACAUAACCCACCAUGGAUAGAAACCCAACUGCUCAGAAUUGCCAAGGCAUGGUGGACAUUGCUGACGAAGAGGGUAAAGUGGUAAUGGGCGAAGAUAUGGUGUAUAUAGAAGGAUGGCCUCAGUGGGAGGCCUUACGGGAACCAACAUGUUUCCAUGGGAAAGAUUGUGGGAGGAUGGGACUAUGGAGGGUUUUCCUUUUUUAUCUUCAGUUUAUAAUGAUAAAGUCGAGAUCACAACUCAGGUCCCAGAACCUAAAAUAAUUAACACGUUGGUUGGGGAUGAGUCAAUGUUGCAAUAUAAGACAACUAUUACAUGUGUGCUACAUGAUAAUGAUAAUGAUUAGUAAUAGUAUCUAUAGGGAAAUAUCGUUAUCUAUGACGUAAACUAAGGACAUAUGUCCACUGAUGUAGCCCAAGAGUAGUAAACCUUGGAGAAAGUACUGAUGGUUUGGCUUGUGUUUCACCGGCAGGAGGGAAUCUCUGAUAGCUACAGCUAUGCCUGCUGCUGAAAAUGCAUAACAAUAUUGAAAACGUCAUAAAAAAACAAAAGAGGGUAUCCUCACAAGUUGGGCCAGAGACCUUUCUCUUGAACGAACUGUAAGUGUUAACUGUUUGCAGAUUAACUCAGUUUGCAAUCUAUUAUCUGUGUAUUCUACAUUUAUCUAUGGCUAUUUUACCGAUCACCAAGUUAGAAUAUCUUAAAAGCAUUGUUGAUGUGUCCAUUACCGACGUAUUAUCAGUAGAGUUAUAAAAGAUUCAAAAGUCUCCUGGGCAAGAGGUUCCUGUUCCCUGCACCAGGAUGACUACUCCUGAUGUGAAACGUUCACCUAAUGAUUAUUUAGUUCUCUCAUGAUCCACUUAUAGUUCACUCUCCGCAUAUGCAUGCUCACUUAGGCACAUUCCUAGGUACUUGUAUGUAUGCUUGUGAUUUGAUAUGGUUUGACUAUCAAUUAUCUGACUUUUAUUUAUGCCUCAUAUCUUGGGUUGGUAGACAGGGAUGCUGCCCCUGUCACCUGGUGUGGGUUUUACCUUCCCAUUGCCUAAGGGGGAGGAGGUUUCCCUCGCCAUGUCAUGGGGACAGCUAGGAGCCGGGCAAGGAUGAUCACUGAGUCCUCUGGAUGGGCUAGUCCCUGGGGGGACUCUGACAGUAUCAGCUGGCUGCGCUUGCAUCCAGGGCAUAUGUCAACAAGUGAUCCUCAUUGUCAGGAAGUGAGGUAACAGUUAAUGGUCACAAUGGGAGGCUUUCUGGGGUAUUCCCCAUAUUGUUUACUAUAUAUGUAUACUAAUCAAGUGUGUUUUUAGCAUGGGGUGCUGAUCAAGACCAAGUGUGUCACAGGAUUGUGGUCCUUUCAGGACCAAAGGGGGGAAUGUAGUGGCAAAAUACGCUGUCGUGGGUAGCCAUUAGGCACUAAGCCACGAACAGUUGUUUUCUCAUUAUGAUAAAGUGCAUGGUACUGACUACACUUGUGUACACAGACUUCUAUUUCAGUCCCAUUGCUAUGUAAUGUGUGGCUGGUCUUCUAUUUCCAACUAAGUGCCUCUGUGUGUUGAACACCAUGUGGGAUAAGAUGCUAUGUCUGUGUGUUGAACACCAUGUGGGAUAAGAUGCUAUGUCUGUGUGUUGAACACCAUGUGGGAUAAGAUGCUAUGUUGAAAGACUGUGACUGAUGAGAUACCCUGAUAAAAAUAAAACCUGAUGUAUAUGCAGAAAAGGUAAAUAAAGUGUUUUGAUUGGGUGGGCACAGAGCCAGGAGGUGGGGGUUACCUCCUCCUGGUGAAACUGCCCAUCAAUCAUUAAUUUCUGGAAAGCACCAAAGAGCCCAGACACCAUUAGGAAUGAAACAGGUGGUAUAAUGGUGACAAAUGUAUGAGGCCUGUCGUAAAAAGGAGGAUGGGCCUGGGGCAUGGAAACCACCAGGACCGGACAGUAUAAAAGCCAGUGCAUCAGGAGGGAUCUUUAGACGUACCCCGGGGUAUCUCUGUGUGUUUGACCUGUACUUUGAGGAAUAAACACAACUUCUUUCAAUCUGAA